AUCCACCCUUCACCUCAAGUCCUGCCUCCCUGCAGUCAAAAAGAUAGAAUGGCAAACGACGGUGCUAUUGAACUCCAACGUCAAAACGGCGAAAGAACUGAGGACCGCAUAAAAGUUGAUGUUGAAGCACAGAAUGGACAACGGAUCCAAACUGGUACUGCAGACAGUACACGAUGCAAGUGUCUCAAAGACAACAUUUGCUACAUCAUUGCCGGAGUCGCUAUGGUAAUAAUCCUUGCGAUACCAGUGACACUACUUGCAGUUUAUUUGCCAGGAGCGGAGCCACCAAUUAACGGGACAGCAGUGCCCUUAGGUCCAGCGUCAAAUGGCACAACGGCGAAUCCCCCGGUUACUCUCCAGCCUACAAAUACGAUUCAUCAUACCACAACCAAAAGCAUCCUCCCAGCCACAGCAACAGCGAUUCAAUCCGAAAGUACAGGAACAACACAGCAUCCACGGACGCAAGAAAACACAGAAUCAAGCGUGACAGACUCAACAACAACAACAACAAUAACACCAACAACAACAACAGGAAAGUCGUGCAGUGACCAGAAUUUAUUUGAAUGUAACAAUGGGGAUUGUAUCAGUUUCGAUCUGGUGUGUGACGUCAACGGUAUCAAACACUGUCUGCCGGAUGGGGAAGAUGAAGACAACUGUCCAGUUAGAACUUGUGGUGCUGACCAGUUUACCUGCAAUGACGGGACCUGUAUAGCUGAAGGCUGGAGAUGCGAUAGGAAAGAGGACUGUCCCAACAAGGACGACGAGUUAGGCUGUACUACCAUGAUGACUACUACUACUUAGCUUGAACAGUUGGAAACAUUAAAUAGAAUACAAUAUUCUUGGCCGUGGAGACAAUGCUUUAUCCAUUGCAGCUUUGUUACCAAAAAUCUUGAACAAACAACACGCCCUGAAAGGUUGGAUAAAGCAACAUGAACGCACGGUGUCAUCAUUUGUGACGUUUUACAAAUGGCGAGGAAUUUCCAUCGGUUCAUCAUUGCAAGGAUGAAAGAACAGGUGGCCAAGAGCUGCUUGAAGCAGAAAAGUCUGGAUCAAGGGAAGGGAGGGGUUCCUCCUCCGGAGUGAAGAAACCCUGGCAGAAGUGAGCAACAAAAACUGAUUCAGAAAUUCUACCCUUGAGCAUGUUCUUCAUAGAUAUCUAUUUUUUUUGUAUACUGUAUGAAGUGGUCUUUUGUGCGAGACUUCCUUCGCCACCAAAUAUAACGACCAUGUCAGACUGAUAUGUCUACCUAUAACGACGGGACUUGCAGAGACCAAUUGCAAAAUGGUGAAGAGAAGAGGGGCUGACCGAAACAGAGAUUACGCAAAUACAAUAGUGCCGCAGUAAACGAACCCCGCAGUGCCGCACCGGUGCCCCAAGUGCAGUGAGAUACCACCUUCAGGACCGUGAAUAGGAAACUGAACAAAUAAACUAUGACGACGUCAGCUCACACUGUGCCCGUCAUACUGCACAUUCCGUGAUAUGAUAUAUUCUAACUUGUCUGUGACGUCAGAGAACAAACACGUGGUGCUCACUUUGUAAGAUAGUCCACGAAUUGGGACUUUGGGAAGAGAUAAGGGUCAAUAAAACAUACUGUCACAACGCUGUGAAACAGACUGAGUGUCAACAAUUUUUUAAACAU